UGUCAAAAUGUAAAGUGUCAAAGUCAGAUGCAAAAACAAUGUUUAUGUUUUUGGAGAGAUAAAAUUUUGAUUAUUUAAGUUAAUACACAAAAAUUUGAGAUUUAAGAAUGAAAAAAAUACAAGGCAAUGAUUCAUUUCAGCGUAUAAACUAUUUGUAUCAGUUAAGCAAGGAGCUAGCCAAGACCAACCGUGUCCUGUCAUCUUACUACGGGAAUCUCAUGACCAGUGUAGCCAAAAAGAAUGUAUUGAAAAUCCACCCAGACAUCAAGCGUCAGUCCUGCAAGAAGUGUAAGUGCUCCCUCAUAGAAAAAGUCUCGGCCAAUCGAAAAAUCAAAAAGACUUCAAAUAAGCAGAAAUUUCUUCAUCUAACGUGUAGCACAUGUGAUACGCAGAAGAAAUUUCCACUUUCCAAGAAGAAAAACCACAGAGUAUGGGUAGAGAAACCCGAGUCUGUGGUUGACGGAGAAUAGGAGUUUUUUUUUUUUUUAAAUCUAUUUUUAUUUGGGGACUUUGUUUUCUGUAGAAACAUAUCAGUCCCAUCAUACCCUAAUACAAGAUAACAAUCAGCUAUUUCUUAACCUUAAACUAAAUCUAACAAAGCUAAAUAGUAGCUUGCAAUUUUCAGACUGUGGGCUUGCUAGAAUAUAUUGCAUGGCUCCUAAAU